AUGGGUGACUUUAUCGACAGCACGCUCGAUUUGAGCACCAUAAAACCCUCAUUCUCACCAUCAUCCGAGCCCGAGAAUCCUCGAUCCAAGUCUCUUAUCGAAGCACUUUCACUAGAGCUUCACAUCGAAGGAGGGUACUUCCGCCAGACGGACGCAGACCCUACGACCAUCCCGUCGACCUACUCGUCCAAACCACUUUCAGAUCAGACAGUUGCUCUUACUGGCGGUACUCGUGAGGGAUAUAAUAUCAAUACACGACGUCUCUCAACCACAAUCUUCUACCUUCUCACACCACGCCAGUCACAGGGGAACUUUCAUCGCAACCGUAGCCGAGUCAUCCACACUCUGCAUCGUGGAAGGGGUCGCUAUGUUCUCAUUCAUCCCGACGGCCGUAUCGAGUCAUUUAUUGUUGGAAACGCAGUUGAGCGAGGGGAGCGCUUACAAUGGAUUGUCGAAGGUGACAUCUGGAAGGCAAGCUAUCUGCUACCCAAUGAAUCGAACCCGAGUCAUGAAACGGAUGGACCAGAGACCGAUGGCCUUCUAAUAUCAGAGACGGUGGUCCCUGGCUUCGAGUACGAAGACCACGCGUUUCUGACCCAUCAAGGUAUCAAGGAGUUGUUAAAGGAUGAACAAGCCCGGGAACUGGGGUGGCUCGUGAGAAGAUCCGAGUAA